CCUCCCCUCUUUCUCUCUCUCUCAUCUCGACUAGGAAUCACUACGCUUUCCAUAUUUUCUUUUCUUCUUCUUUCACCCCUCCCCUUCGAGGGUUUUUUUUUCCUUCCCUUUUUAGUAUUUUUUUCCUUCCCUUUUCCCCUUCCUUUCUCCUCCCGUGCCUUUCUUCGAAACCUUCUCCCCCCUCCUUUUCUCUCUCUCUCUCUCUCUCUCUCUCUCUCUCUCUCUCUCUCUCUCUCCAUAUAAAUAUAUAGCUGUCUGUGACGAUGAUGCAGCAGCAGCAGCAGCAGCAGCAGAGGCUGAAGCAGCAGCAGGCGUUGAUGCAGCAAUCUCUCUACCACCCUGGCCUUUUGGCUCCCCCUCCCCAGAUAGAGCCCAUCUUGAGUGGAAAUCUGCCUCCUGGGUUUGAUUCAAGUACUUGCCGCAGUGUGUAUGUUGGGAAUGUUCACCCACAGGUUACAGACCCACUUCUUCAGGAGGUUUUCUCAAGUACUGGUCCUAUUGAAGGUUGCAAGCUCAUUCGGAAGGAGAAGUCAUCCUACGGUUUCGUGGACUACUUUGAUCGCAGAUCAGCUGCUCUUGCUAUUGUGACUCUUAAUGGAAGGCAUCUGUUUGGGCAGCCUAUAAAAGUUAACUGGGCAUAUGCCAGUAACCAGAGAGAGGACACAUCAGGCCACUUUAACAUUUUCGUUGGUGAUCUUAGCCCUGAAGUUACGGAUGCUACCCUGUUUGCAUGCUUCUCUGUUUAUCCUAGUUGCUCAGAUGCAAGGGUUAUGUGGGAUCAAAAGACUGGGCGUUCAAGGGGGUUUGGAUUCGUCUCUUUCCGAACUCAGCAGGAUGCUCAAACUGCAGUGAAUGAUUUGAAUGGAAAAUGGCUCGGAAGCAGACAAAUCAGGUGCAACUGGGCAACAAAGGGAGCUGGUGUUAAUGAUGACAAUCACAAUUUGGAUGGCAAAAGCGUGGUGGAACUGACAAAUGGGAGUUCAGAAGAUGGUCAAGAGAGAACCAAUGAGGAUGCUCCAGAGAAUAAUCCUCAGUACACCACUGUUUAUGUUGGCAAUCUUGCUCCGGAGGUUAGUUCAGCUGAUCUCCACCAGCAUUUCCAUCUUCUUGGUGCUGGUGUUAUUGAAGACGUCCGCAUACAGCGAGAUAAAGGUUUUGGUUUUAUAAGAUAUGGUACUCAUGCUGAAGCAGCUCGGGCUAUUCAGAUGGGAAAUGCCCGAAUUUUCUUUGGCAAACCAAUUAAGUGCUCCUGGGGCAGCAAACCCACUCCACCGGGGACCAGCUCUACUCCUCUGCCACCGCCAGCUGCCGCACAGAUGCCAGGUUUUUCUGCCGCUGACCUUGUAGCUUAUGAGCGACAACUGGCAUUGAGUAGAAUGGGGAUGGGGAUGGGAAUGGGAAUGGGAAUGGGUGCACAAGCUCUGAUGCAGCCGCAAGCACAACAGCGAUUUGGUGCUGCUGGAGCUAGUCAGGCAAUCUAUGAUGGUGGGUAUCCAGGCAUUGCCUCCACCCAGCCAUCGAUUUAUUACCAGUAAUAAAUAAUUAUGCAGGUCUUCCAGGAAGGAGUCUGUAACUUUAACUCGAUGUAGAAUGUUUGCUCUUGCACUUGUUUUUUUUUUUUUUUCCAAGUGGGCUGUGUCCCCUAUACCAGCUGUGUGUAUGGGCAUGUAACUUAUACUGGAGAUGGUUUCUCCUGCAAAUCUCAUCUAAACCACAGUUUCAUGGGUGAGCGACUUCGUUUUGAAUUUUCUAGUUUUCAUUUGAAACUGUAUCAUGUGGUUUUCUUAUAAAUAGUGAGUUGCUACUUCUUAUAAAUGAUAGUAAAUUGCUGUUUUCUUC